AUGAUUAAAUUGAUUAUUGCUUUUUCCUUGUAUUUAAUUAUUCUAUUGAAUAUUAAAUGUGAUGGGAGGAAAGUUAGUAUUUCAUUAAAAAUCAAAGACGAUUGGAAAGAAAAAAGAGAAUUUAUUUAUUUAAAAAAUGUUAAAUUAGAAGAGCGUUUUGUAUUGGAAAAAAUUAAAAAACAUAUUAAUCAGUAUGACACUAGCUAUAUUUAUAAUAUUGAGGGGUUUUUGCGCCGAUUUGAUGUAAACCAUCAAGGAAAUAUUUUUAUUGUUGAGAUAAAUCAUAGAUCAGAAUAUGCUGAAGAAUUAAAAAGAAGAAUCUUGAUUAAGAUUGUCAAUAAUAAAAUUUUUUACGAUAUUCAUCCUGGAUUUGAGAAACAGGUAUUUUUGCUUGAUUACUUGAGUAUAAAUUCUGAAAAUUAUAAGAAUAAUAAACUAUGUUACUAAUGUAGUCUCUCUGUUUCCUAAUUUAGUCUCCCGUUAUUUGGAUGAGGAGCAAAUCAUGGAAUACCAAAUCACAAAACUGACAAGUCAAGGAAAAGCCAAAUCAAGAAAAGGAUAUACAGGGUACGGCAAAUUUGGGACUGAAUAUUUGUAUAAAACGAUCAUCUGUCUAUGGGUCUUCUCCACAGGCAGAAGACAUUGUCCGGUCUAGUUCUGUUAAGCUUUUAGUAAAAUUUUUUCCUUGUGGGUCUUCUGUCUUUGGUCUGUCGGUCCUCUCUCUUUGGGUCUUCUUUCUGUGGGUCUUCUGCCACUACGCCAUUUUUUAAAAAUAUUCAUAUUUUUCAAAAAGAUUCCGAUGUUUUAUAUAUUUUGUGUUUUGGUUAUUUCGUGAGUUAGUCGUUCCUUGAUUUAGUAAUUCGGUGACUUGUCGUUCCUUGUCUUGUUCGUUUCUUGAGUUAGCCCGACACGC